GGAUCAUCAGAGCAAAAUGCCGAAGGUGAGGCAGUUGGAUACAAUACAUAGAAUAUCCGUUGCGACACACUGCGCUGCGAUAUUCCAGCCAUCCAGGCCUUGUCAAACAAAGCUCGGCGUCACAAGAGAACUGCUUACGCUGGUAGACCCGAAGAAAACAGCAUAGACAUAUAGCUACCUGAAUCUUUACGCAGAAAGAUCCCACCAUGGCAACACAGCGCCUUGCCGCGUGGGCGGUCUCACUCCAGUACACCGACCUCCCCGAACCUGUCACACAAGCCGCCGUCCGGAGUUUCUACAACUGGGCGGGCUGUGCGUUGGGCGGCUCAAACCAUCGCACCACGACCACCGCGCUGGAAGCACUGGCGCCGUUCUUUGGGCCCGCAACUUCGAGCAUCCUCGGUCGCACGAGCCAGAGCAAGGCUGCUGACAACAACUUGAAUCUACCCAGCCGGGCAGACGCAUCGCACGCGGCCUUGAUCAACGGGAUCGCGUCACACGUGCACGACUAUGAUGACACGCAUCUCGAAACCAUCAUCCACCCUACAGGUCCCGUGGCGAGUGCGUUGCUCGCGCAGGCAGAAGCCUUGGGCAAUGUCGACGGGCAGCAAUUCAUUCUUGCCCUCGUCGCUGGCAUCGAGGCCGAAUGCAAGCUUGGCCUGGCCGUCUGGCCGAAGCAUUACGAUGUCGGAUGGCACAUCACCAGCACAACAGGCUCGAUCGGUGCCGCAGUGGCCGUGGGCAAAAUCCUCCAUCUGUCAGAAGAACAAAUGGCCCACGCCAUUGGCAUUGCCGCGACCCAAGUGACCGGACUGCGCGAGAUGUUCGGCUCCGACACCAAAUCAUUCCACGUGGGUCGCUCGGCUCAGAACGGACUGAUGGCUGCAAUUCUCGCAUCCAAAGGCUACACCAGCUCAUUACAGGCACUCGAGGCGAAACGCGGCUGGGCCAACGUCGUCAGCGAAACACAGAGACUGGAUGGCCACAUAGCUACCCUCGGACAGGUGUGGGAGAUUGGAAAGAAUUCUUUCAAACCCUUUCCGUGCGGGAUCGUGGUCCAUCCCGUCAUAGAUGGGUGCAUUCAGUUGCAUCAAGAGAUGAAGGAGAAAGGCUUCUCAUCAGCUGGUAUCAAAAGCGUACAUUGCAGAGUACACCCUCUGGUGCUGGAAUUGACUGGCAAGAAAACGCCUCAGGAUGGUUUGCAGGCCAAGUUCAGCGUGUACCACGGCGGAGCUGCUGGUCUGGUCUUGGGCAAAGCAGGUCCCGCGCAGUAUGACGACAAAGUUGUGAGAUGCGAGGAUAUCACUUCGGUCAGGGACAAGAUCGAUGCAGUUGCCGACAACAAGCUCGGCGCUGACGAAGCAGAAAUUGUGGCAGAGUUUUCGGAUGGUCACAAAUUGACGAAGCACGUCACACAUGCCAUCGGCAGCUUGGAGGUUCCCAUGACCGACAAACAACUACAAGACAAGUUCAUUGAUCAGGUCACACAGGUACUAGGGUCACAGAAGGCAUCGGAGGCAAGUCAGUCCUGUUGGACGAUCGGGAAUGCUGCAAAUGCUGGAGAUUUUGUGAGAACUCUAUGAUCUAAAAUUGAUACCGAACAAUAGAGUACGGCGAGAGUUGAUGCUAAGCCUGGGGCUCUGCGCCUCUACCAUCAUGGCGUAUCAAGACAUGCUCCUACAACCAAAAGCUAUUUUCCGACAUCUCAAGCAUUCAGCUCACCAAAUGGCUGGUCGCUCGUCCAGUAACCCAAUCGAAUGCUUGAUCAAAGAAUGAGAUAGUCUCGGUUGAAUCUUGCCCAUCCUCUUGUUGGGCAUCCACGGUCGUAAGAGGAGCGUUCUGAUUACACUUGUUCCGAAUCUAAAACGAAUGUUAUGGCGCUGACCCAGCUUCGACCGACACCUUCGCAUUUUCGAGGUCCAUAUCACCACAAAAAUUCCAAUGGACAGAGUGUUUGGUCCCCUGUUCUUUCCAAUCAUUCAAGGUCUGUGGAUAAAAUUUGACGUUACCCAGCAGGCCCGCGUCGUGGGCAAUACACACCAAGAUGUCCUCGUUAGCAUCAAAGGCUUGCAUCGCGGAGACACUGCGCCUCGCCUCCUCUGGAUCCUCAUUGACUGGGGGAUUUGCUGAAAUGAACGGUUCAUUUGCACUCCUUUUGGGAUGAAUAUAUUCCUGAAAGCAAGACCCGGGGCAUGGUGCAACUGCAAAGCGUGACCUUGGGAUAGCAGGAACUUCCUUUGGCAAGG